AUGGCACUCAAUUUUGCUUCUGUCCCUCCUUUCCCGUGGUCCUGGUUAACGUUGACGACGAUUCCGUCAGGCCUGUGCCGCGCCGCGAAGCGCCUGGUGAACGUGCCUAUCGUGGCCGUCGUGGCGCUGAUCGGGUACAUGGUCGGACGCUUGGCGGCAAAAUACGACCUCAAGGAGAAGCUGCUGCCGGUGACCGACGCCCACGUCAGCGAGCUGCUCUUCCUGUACAUGCCGGUCGUCAUGUUCACCGCCGCCUUCAACCUCCGCUACCAGCUCUUCUGGCAGUGCUUCAGGCAGUGCUUGCUGCUCGGCGUUGGAGGCCUUGCAUUCAGCACGAUGCUGUUUGUGCUCUACAUAUCUGGAACAUCCGACGCGGAGCACAGAACUUUGAAGGAAACGGUCCUUGUCAGCCUUCUGACCUGCUGUCCUGAACCCAUGUUUGUGUCCGACUUGAAGGUCCUCUCUACAGCCAAGUCCCACAUUCUGGAGACGAUCAUCAUGGGCGAACCUUUGGUCGGUGUGAGCGUGCUCUGGAUGGUCUACCGCUUCAUGGUUCUUGGAAACAACUUGCGCCUCCCAGGCAUCGCCUACACCCUGGCCUGCACGCUGGCGGUGGGGCCCCUGCUGGGAAAACUGGUGGGACACCUCCUGGCGUACCUCCUGAUCAAACUGUCUCAGGAUAUCCCUGUGGCUUUCGUCGUGAGCAUCACCGCCAUCAUGGCCACCUGGACCUUCGCCGAAAAGUUUCUCUACGGCUGCGGUGUGACCACCAUCAUCUCGGUUGCGCUGACCACCAACGCCCACUCCACGUCCACGAUUCACAACCCGAUCAUUAUGAAAAAGUUCUGGGUUUUAGUGAGGUUCGUGUACAACACGGUACUCGUGUUCCUGGCUUCAUACAUGAUUGGUCGAGACACUCUCCAGUACCUGAACUGGAGCGACGUGUUGUACCCCAUCAAUUUCUACGUUGCCAAGAUAGGAGUCAGGUUUAUCACGACCGUCGUCGUGUACCCGAUCCUUGCGUCCGUCGGCUACGAAUUGAGCUGGAAGCAGUGUCUCAUCAUCGCCUGGUCGAACUUCAAGGGAGUCCUCAUGAUUUCUUUGAGCCUGGCUCGGGCCUUCUCUGGAGUGAACCUCGAGUUCGCGCUCAAGGAGCGGUUUGUGCGGCUUGGGACGCUGUUUCUCGUUCAACUGCUGAACACCACGACACUUCCCAAGCUCAUGUCUAUGCUUGGUCUGAUGAGAGUAUCGGACGUGGAGAGGGCCAACAUGAGCAUGGUGAUCCAGGCGCUGCGCGAGACGGCUCGCCUCUCUACCGACUACCAGCGCAGAGACAAGAAGUUCUCGGGCGCCGACUGGAAGUGGGUGCAGAUGCACACGUACAUAGACAACCCCCACGUCGGCGUCGAGGAAGAGGAGCACGUGGAGCAGACCAACGUCUACGUCCCUGACCGUGUCUACCGAAACGCGGCUGCCCGGAAGGCCAGCUGCUCCAUCCUCAGGCUGCAAAAGGUGUGCUACAAUAAACAGUUCGAAGAAGGCAUGAUACAUAAGAAGACUAAAACUACUAUCUUAGCGGCUUUGCAAUACCCCUUGGAGAAGGAAACCUACCUCGACUACAAGAAGAUGAUGGCUUACAUCACAGUACCACAAUGGAUAUACAGACUGAAAGACCUGGUGCAGAAGUUUGCCGGAAAUGAAGCCAUUGAGAAGAGGCAUUCAAGAACAUCUAAAACUGAAGAUGAGGACGAAUCCGUUGAACAGGCGAGCCUACUGGCUACCAUGCUCACCGAGGGAUGGUUCCACGUUCUGGUGGGUUUCGUCGCCACGGGUUUCGUCCUGCUGCUCAGCGGUCUUGCCAACUUCUUGAGCAGCAGCGACGCUCCUUGGAAGCGGGACUACCUCAUGUCCGCCAUCACCGCAGUGCAAGGACUCUACGUUCUGUUCUACUCCCUGGAGAUGAUCAUGGUGGUCUACACGGUCGGCAUGUUCCAAAUGAGUCGCGACGUGUGGCGGCAACUGGACAUCAUUAUGUAUUUCCUGGUCGUCACUGAGUUUGUACUCACAAGCCUGGUUUCAGUGCAGUCGGCAAACGCCAAUCGACUCUACGUCAUGUUCCUACAGUUUAGCUUCAUAACCCUCAUUUCGUGCAGGAUCAUCAAGACGCUUCAAAAAAGAUCGGUUCUCUUUGUGUGGAUUUGGGAUUUACUGGAUGGCAUCCUCAACCGCAAGCUAUUCUACGCCUACGACCUCAGCUGGGCGUAUAUCACCGCCGAGGACGAAGCCAUGGUCAAGGUGUCCCGCUUCGUGCAGACGCCGCACCUCGCCUUGAUGAUACGGGCAAACAGCGGGAACAAUAAACUGCAGACGUUGAGAAACGUUGUGGACAUACAGCAGCGAUACCCGAACAUAGAGGUCGCCACGAAGACAAGACAGGCAGCACGGAGGAUACUAAACAAAGCAGUGGACGGUUUACGAGAGCUACACGAAGGUGGUCUCAUCGAUGACACGCAGUACGGCAUUUUGUUUGAGAACCUGUCCUGGAUGAUUCAGAAGGCAGACGGUAUGCCGACCAACAUAGUGGUCGGUAAUGCCCCGUUCUACACAAUGCUCAGCGUCCCCUGGCUACCCUCCGAGGACGUCUCCAAACUCCUUCGGUGCUUCUACCAGUACCUUAAAGAGAAAGAGCGCCUUGUCCAAGAAAAUCGAAUGCACGACUGCGUGUUCAUCAUCUGCUCUGGAAUUGUGAAGGUGAGCGGAGUGAACGAUGAGCCCUGGACCAACACGGGACACCUGGCCAAUUCGGACUCGACGCAUUACUUCUUUACGGAAGGGGCGUUUCAGGACUUUCUGGUCGCUCCCGAGGCGCUCGGGCUUCUGUGUUUUCUUACGGGCAAGCCGUCAGUGUGCGAGUGUGUCUGCGAAACAGACGUCGAGAUGUGCAGCAUCCCGAUGGACGAGCUGACGUCUCUGGUGGAGCGGCACCCGGAGCCCCCAAAUCUUGUGUACCGAAUGUGGUUCAGCGUGGCCAUCCGCAUCGGGCUCGCCGUACUCGUCAACCAGAAGCGAUACCAGGAGUGGACACAUGACAAGCUGAAGCGAUUCCUGGAGAACGGCAUCAUGCCCAACCUGUACUACGCCAUCGACUUUGCACUGGACGACGCUGUGCGCGACGUAAUCCUCAUCCAGGGCAUCGUGCAAUGCGCGAAGACUCAGGAGAUUUUCACCGGGCCCGCCUACAUCCCGAGCACCGUGCGGGACAUGUUCCUGCCCGGUAAUCCACUGGAGCGGGCUCGGCCGGUGAUGCUCAUCACCACGACGAUGCGGUAUCACCUCCCGAGUGAUUUGGACUGGUUCCACCAGUCCCUUACGCACUACGACUACAAUCGAAAGCCACGCAGCACUGCCGUUGCACUCGUCACGGCGUAG